GUCCAAGGCGUCCUCUGGUGCAUUCCAUUGAGGCUGGCUUCUGAUCCCAGCAUCUGCGUUAACAGCAGCAUGCUGUCUGCUCUCAAGCUCUCAAACUUCUACAAGGGAGUGAAGAGAUGUGCUGGCCAGUCUCUGGCCUCCCUGAUCAAGUGGUAUUGAGUCAGUCCUGCUCAUCCGAAAGGACUCUGUUCCCUGCAGUUGAUGUGACAGCCUUUCAAAUACUUGGGCCGGCUCAAUGAAGUAUGUCCAACCCGGAUUGCAAGACAGAAGAAUCACCUGCUGAGUUCACAACUACUUGACUACGUACUGAGGUACUUGGCUUCCAUUCCAAGUUGUGCCUCUGACCUCUGGUCUCUGUUAGAUCUCGUCCUGACCCACUGGUCCCUGGGAGGCCUUGUUGAUGGGGUGCAGGUCUCGGCAAGCCUGCGCAGAUGUAAACCAAUUCCUGUUCCACAUGGCUUAUUAUCAGUCUGUCAGUUCAUUCGGGCUGUUUUGUCCCCCUCAACUCUAUUAGGUCUGGACAGGUCUCCAUGAGGAGAUUGGGAUGUCGCCUCUGCUGAGGGCCCGCCUUAGAACAUCCGGCAGACCCACGCAGUGACGCAGUGACGAGGAUCGGGGGUACUGCCCUUAACUCCAGCCGUGCUACCGAAAGCUUAUAGCUCACCCCGGCAAGUUCUAGAAGGGAAAUCUGUAAGCUUCCCUCCAGACGCUCAAUUUCAUCCCACCCGAGGCAUGGAAAGAUCCUCGAGGUGACCUCUGGCGGCAUUGGCUGCUACACAACCUUCCCUUCUCAACACCUUGUGCUCCUUGGGCCGGCACACACCCAUUUCUCUCGUUCACUCCCCCCCUGGCAAUCCCCAAAAGGCGGCAGCAAUGGCGACGCUGCGACUUCUGAUGCGCAGCACAUCGGCGCGCCCGGUGCUCCCUCCGACAGCCCAACAGCACCCCUACCGCCGACUCCAAGCCAUUUCUGCCGCCCACCGUUCCUUUACUGCGAGCAGCUACUUCGGAGAGCGCCAGAACCAGAACAAGAACAAGAGCGAGGGCGAGGGCGAGGGCGAGGGCGAGUCCAAGUCUCUCUUGGAUGCCAUAGAGGACGGCAGUAAUGAUGGCGUCAGGACCAAUGUCCACAGGUCCAGCGGCGCCACCUCUUCUGCCAAAUCGCCGUUCAAUGACUUGGAGGAGGACUGGGAGGCCAACCCCAACUGGAAUAUCAAGAACUUCAAGGAGCUUCCCCACAAGAACUUCGGCGUCAACCAGCACAUCGUCAUCAACGCAGAGUUCAAGGAGGCCUUGCGCCAGAUCCCCUGGCAGUUCCGCGCGCCUGUCCGCUACUGCUUCGCGUACGGCUCCGGCGUCUUCCCACAGAGCAAGCCUGACGGCCGUGUUGCCUCGCCCGAGGAAAUUGCGCGCGUGCAUCCCAAGGCGCCGCCUGCUGUACAGAAGGCCCAGGAUGGCACCCCCAAGAUGAUCGAUUUCAUCUUCGGCGUGACCUUCACCCAGCACUGGCAUAGCCUGAACAUCAACCAGCACCGGGACCACUACAGCGGGCUGGCCAGCCUGGGCUCUGGUGCCGUGUCGUACGUGCAGGACAAGAUGGGCGCCGGCGUGUACUUCAACACGCACGUCGUGGUCAACGGCAUCCUCAUCAAGUACGGCGUGGUCAACAUCGAUGCCCUGUGUCAUGAUCUGACCGAGUGGGAUACGCUGUACCUGGCCGGCCGGCUGCACAAGCCCGUCAAGAUCCUCCGAGACGACGCGCGGGUGCGCCUCGCCAACCAGAUCAACCUCCUCUCCGCGCUGCGCACCGCACUCCUGCUGCUCCCGGAUCGCUUCACGGAGCUGGAGUUGUACAACACCAUCGCGGGCAUCAGCUACCUCGGAGACCCACGUAUGACCCUACCUACGGAAAACCCGCAGAAAGUCAGCAACAUCGUCGGCAACAACUUGCCGAACUUCCGGCGCCUUUACACCCCCCUGAUCGAGAACCUGUCCAACGUGGAGUUUGACGACCAGCGCUGCACCGAGCCCCACUGGGAGUGGGACGAGGAUGCGAACCUGAAGCUGCAGCAGGACAUGGACCCAAUCAAGCGCGGCAACAUGGUCCGCAGGCUUCCCAAGGCGUUCCGCUCGCGGCUUUACUUCCAGUACCAGAAGAAGUUUGCGAUCCCUCAGCUCGAAUUCGACGAGAUGAUGGCGGCUGACGCGUCGUCGUCAACCAAGAAGCGGCUGGGCGGUGGCUUGGGCGGCACCUCGGGCGGCGGUUUCGAGACGAGGAUCGCGCAGGAUGACCCCGCGGAGCUUAGGACAAACGUCCGGCGCGUCAUCAAGCAGACGAUCGGGUGGCCCAGCACCACUCAGAGCUUGAAAGGCCUGCUGACUGGCGGCGUGAGGAAGAGCUUUGGGUACGUGUGGGAGAAGAUCGAGAAGUACCGCGCGGGUCAGAAGGCGGCGACAUCAUCGGCGACCAAGGAUGCGGGAGACAAGAACAACGCCGACAAGGCGCAGGCGACCACCUCGGAGCCCAAGGCUGCCAAUGUGGAUAAGAAAGAGUGAUUGAGUCGCGAAAACCCAAUCCACACGCGAGCUUGGCAACCACCAAGAAGUCCAGGACAUACGGGAAAGAGUUGCAGCUCGGUCUCGACGGUCUUCUGAGCCCCACCAAAUCUGACGCUCGCAAGCUGGUAUGGCAGCCUUGUGGCCGUUUCUCCCAGGCAGCUCCUAUCUUUGUUAGGAGCACGGUGCCAAUACCAACGUGAAUUAAGCAUCCAUCCAAUACCUGCCAUGUUCGGAGGCAUUCUCAGCCUCCUCAGAGCGAGCGCUGGAUCACGAGCACAAAUGAGUCCAGGCACUUACCUAAUCACGCCCAAGUAGCGUUUUGUUUUGUGCCGCGGAGGGUGGCUGUUGCCGUAGCGGAAUGGCCUUUGGCAUGAUAGCGAGGGCAUGUGUAUAUUUUGUACGAAUGGAUGGGAUUGGGUAACAGCCUGCAGGUUGGUUCAAGAGGGACAGCAGUCUGUGGCUCUCUAGUCGGGCUGAAGUCUUAGAGAGCUGUGCUGCAAUAGCAAGUGCGCAGGCGCUGUUGCGCGCUGCGACACCCGCGAGACCAGCCCAUGGUCACGGACAACCCUCUCAAUGAGGGUAAAGAAAAAUGUGCUCAACAAUCGCUAGCUAGCGGCUAGCUACCAGAAAGAGAAAAAAAAUGACAUUCAUACACGUUUUCGCCGUCUCUUUAGUGGCAUGGCCAAGACUUCACGGUCAACAUAAGCAGAGGUAAACCAGCCUCGAAGUUGGGAUUGAGUAACUGCAGGGUAACUGAACGCUUCGCUAAAAAAUACAUCAGACAAUCUUGGGGCCUGUCACGGCACUCCCAACAAGCAUAAAGAAAAUAUGGAGCAUCAAUUGCAUCUCGCCGCGAGUUCCACAAGCCACGGCGACAACAUCAUUCCUCAUCCAGGUUGCGAUCUUGGUCCAGACUGUUGCAGGCGGCGCAGGGCGGUGGUGGUCGGAUGGGAAGCAAUGAUCACUGUGUGCAGGGCAUUCACAGCGUCAGUGCUGCCCCAAUCUCUCUCAGAAUCAUCUGUUGUGACGGGGUGCUCUCGCUGGCCGGGGGUGCAAAAACGCUGGCCUGACUGGAGCCGGUGGGGCCGUCUUCGCCAGGAAAAGGCCAGUUGUACUCGCUCUUGUCAGAAGAGGAGGAGAAGCUGCUGCCCGAGGACUGCUUGGCGCGGUGGCCAAAAUAAUAGGAGGACUUGCUUGCCCUGCGGCGAGGGUUGCGGUUUGAGCUGGCCUGGUUCAUGUUGGACGCAUCGUGCUUGGAGCCCGGGUUGGAGCUGGUGUUGAGCUUAGACUCGCUGCUGUAGGCGGUGUUGUUGUUUUUCAUGUCGUAAAAGGAAUCCAUUUUGGGUGGGGUCUGAAGACUGAGAGUUUUUCCUACUGGCAGAUAGAGACAGUAGGCGAUGGAAGUAUCUAGGCGCGAAGGAUGUUUGUUGAGAGCUGGCGGCGGUGUGAGCUGCUUGACAGUUCCAAGGUUGUGGUGAUGAUGCAGUGAUGCUUGGUGGGUUAGCUACUACGCGGUCUCGACCGCUACCUUUAUAUCUUGAGGGGCUCACUUGAGGCCCCGAUAUAUCAUCCCGACAUGACUUCAUGUCCACCCGACUGCAUGUUCGAAUGGGAAGCAGGUCCGGACACCACGUCGUACGGUUGGUUCCCCUGCCCUGGUCUGGACACAUCAUGGCCUCCUCUUCUCCGCGUUAGGGGACAGCAGGGUAUGCGCGCGGCAACUCGAAUGACAUUGGCGAGAGCGCCUCAGUCGGUAUCCACAUCCCUUGGGCCUGGCGGGACGACACUGCCGGCUCGUUUCUGGGAGCGGUUCUGCCCCCGACUCAAAGACGUUAUCCCAGGGGUGCUGCCUUGUUCCUCCUGGCCUCCAGCCAAGCAUCCGGGCAAGGAGGAAUUGCCUCGAGCCCAGCGUGGCGACAAGCGAGUCGUAUUGGGAGCUGGUUGAUGGUCAUUGUGGGGUUUGCACCGGAAGUCGAGAGGGUAAGGUCAGGCACAACUUGGCCACGAUCAGGGUCCUCGGCUCACCAGCCUGGG